AUGACAACAGACGUCCGAAUUGCCCAAGCAAUUGGGACCAUCGGUUGCGCCGUCGCUGCAGGCGGCAUAGCAACCCUCUCAAUAAUAAGCAUCCCAAACCUAGCCCUCCCACCCCGCCACCCAACCAACAAAACCCUAACCCAAGACACAACACCCGGAACACCAGCCGCACACCUAACACACCAAUGGCUAGACAUCUACGACCGAGGCAAGAAGAUCUUCCCGGGGCUGGCAGGCACAGCCUCCCUGGCAAACCUCUACACCAUGUGGGCACUACGGGACAGCCUCGCACCAGCGCCCAUCAUCGGAUCGAGCUGGUCAACUGUUUAUUUGGUUGCCGCUGUUGUUACUAUGGGGACUGUGCCUUUCACGGUUAUGGUUAUGGGGAAGACUAAUGGUCGGUUGAGGGAACAUGCUGUUCGCGGGGAUGGGGCUGAGGUUGAGGGGACUGAGGGCAUGGUUGUUGGGGCUAAGGAGGAGGCCAAGUGGGGGAAGGAGGAUGGGGAGGUUCCUGCUUUGCUGAGGAAGUGGGCUCGGUUGAAUUUGAUUAGGGCGGGCAUUCCGCUUAUUGGGGCUGGGAUUGGGUUUUAUGCUGCUGUUAAUUCUUGGGUUCUUCCGUGA